AUUCGAAACAGCAUAAAUACAUAUUGUUACGUAGACGAUCGAAAUUGCAAUAUUCUUUCAGUUUUUAAGGUUUAAGUUUAAGGACUGCUAAUGUUAGCUUUAUUAAAAUAACUAGUAAUAAUAUAUAACGAUAACGCAUAGACUACUUAACUACUAAUCAUAUAGAGAAUUACGCAUAUAUUUGUAUAAAAAAUUAUACGAGUAUUAUGUAAAUGGUUAAAAUACACGAGAUUAAAAAGAAAUAAAUAUGGUACGAAUGGUAUCGACGUUAUGCGACGAAACGAUGCGAUAAAAUAGUUAUUUUAGAAAAUUAUUCAGUUUCGGAUAACUUCUGACCCAGUUUCGAGAACGCGCGUUACGUUCCUGAUACAGCUGUUUCUAAGUUGAGGUUUAUGCUGCCCUGCUCAAAACCCCGUAAUGCGAUUUCGUUUGCCAUUGGUCCUUCGCGUGUACGUAAAAAAUAUUCGUUCGAUUCAUAAACAUCGUAUCACGAAUUUUUUUAAUCGAAAUGCUAGAACGAUAAUCAUUCGAUUUUCUAUAUAUUCAAAGUUUCAAAUAUUUCUCCUUUAAUUCGAACUACCAAGGACACGAUUCGAAGAACGUGCUAAAAAUCUGAUAUUAUUAUACGAUAUUAAAAAUGUUAGUUAUCGUUACUUGUUAAAUCGUUCUUUAUCCGCAGCAAAUAUCACCAUCAAUAGUAUGCACCUACGUGCGGAUGUGUAUACAUAUUUGAUGCCGAUAAAGUUAUUAUUUUAUUAUAUUUAAUUAUAUGAACAUGUAAAUAUCUUUACACGAUUAAUUAGAUUAGUUUUGUACGGAAAGGUUAGAAAAGAUAUAAGGUAAAUCGCGAAACGUAUCCGAUUUAUCGGUCAUCUUCCAACUCCGUUCACGGAUUUCGGCAAAGAGAGCGAGAUGGUAGGAUGUUUUGAGUGGAGGGUAGGAAGAGUCGUGGCCGCGCCAAUCCCAGCGACCACGUUCCCUAUAUAGCAGCAUGCUUCUAACGUACACAUUCGCACGAUUGUGCGAGUAAAGGGAACCAGCGACAGUCUAUAGUCCUCGCCGCGGGAGGUUAGGAAAAUUACGAUAUAUUCGAAGGAAGGAGUGUGUGACGGCGGUGCGUAGUUUGUUGUUCGACCGAUAGAGCGUGCAAAGGAAAGUGGGGGGAAAGCAACAACCAAUGGUUUAGGUCGACCGGGGUUGCCAAGAACAUGUACUUUCGAAUUUUCGUUCGCGCGUUAUUUCGCUCGUCGAACGUCCGCUGUUUUUCAGCGAACGCGAAACCUCAAUUUACCGCCGAUAGAUACAAGAUAGAACGAUAUGCUUACUCAAAAAUUUCCAAGGAACACGUAGCAUUCUUCAAGGAACUUCUCGGACGUAACAGGGUGAUCACGGAUCCCGAAGAAUGCGAGAGUUACAACAUAGAUUUCUCGAGAAUAGUCAGAGGAAAAAGCAAUCUUGUGCUGAAACCAAAAACGACGAACGAAGUGUCCUCCAUAUUGAAGUACUGCAACGAAAAUCGUUUAGCCGUUUGUCCACAGAGCGGCAACACGGGUCUUGUUGGAGGCAGCGUGCCUGUGUUCGACGAGAUCGUUCUUUCCAUGAAACUUAUGAACAAGAUCAACGAAACGAACGAACUGGACGGGGUGUUAACCUGCGAAGCCGGUUGCGUGUUGGAGGACCUGGAUAAUCAUUUGGCGACCGUAGGAUUGAUGAUGCCGAUCGACCUUGGCGCGAAAGGCAGUUGUUUAAUCGGUGGUUGCGUGUCAACGAAUGCAGGCGGUAUAAGGCUUCUUCGUUAUGGCAAUCUGCAUGGGAACGUGUUGGGCCUCGAGGCUGUGAAAGCGAACGGAGACGUGGUAGAUUGCAUGAAUACGCUGAAAAAGAACAACACCGGCUAUCACUUGAAACAUUUGUUCAUAGGCUCCGAGGGUACCUUAGGAGUCGUGACGAAGGUCGCGAUUCAAUGUCCACCGCUUCCUAAAGCGGUAAACGUAACGUUCUUAGGGUUGAGUAGCUUCGAUAAGGUGCUGAAGACGUUUCAGUUGGCGAAGAAGGAGCUGGCAGAGAUCCUGUCGUCGUACGAGGUGAUGGACAAGCUAUCGUUGGACGUUUCGGUCGAACAAUUUGCUUUGAAAAAUCCACUGACGUCGAAAGACGACGGGCACGAGUUCUAUGUCCUAAUAGAAACCUCCGGAAGCAACGCGUCUCACGACGAAGAGAAACUUUCGUUAUUCGUGGAAAAGGCUCUCUCCGAUGGCAUCAUCGAGGACGGAACAUUAACUUCGGACCCUGCGAAAAUCAAAAGUAUUUGGUCGAUCAGAGAGCGCAUUAGCGAAGGUGUACUAAGAGAAGGGUACGUUUUUAAAUACGAUGUUUCCACGCCUGUCCAGUCUUUUUAUAAAGUGAUCGAAGUACUCAGAGAACGGAUACGUGAUCCACGAAUCAUAAGAAUCAGUGGUUACGGACAUAUGGGCGACGGAAACAUUCACGUGCAAAUUUCUAUUCCGACCUAUGAACCGGAAAUAGCAGCAGAGUUGCAGCCAUUUAUAUUCGAGUACAUUUCGAGUCUUCGUGGUAGCGUCAGUGCCGAGCACGGCGUGGGAUUCACUAAAACAAAAUAUCUGCAUAUGAGCAGAAACUCUUCCGAGAUCGAACUUAUGCAUGAUCUGAAGAAACUGAUGGAUCCGAAUUGUAUUCUUAAUCCUUAUAAAGUCUUGUAUCCGUUAAAAACUUCUCCAUAGCUAUUUAAAUUUCAACUUGAAACGACAUAGGUAAAAGUGUACAUUAGUAAUUCCUGUAAAUAUAUACAUGUAUGUAUGUUAUAACGCGAUGUAUGUUACAAUAAAUAUGUUAUAAUGGGAUCGUUGCCGAACAAUGUCGGCAUUGUUACGCGAGAACCGUGUGUAAUCGGUUAUGAUCGGUACAGUGGGUAACGAACGUCUUAGUGAACAACCGAAACAACUAAUAUAUCGGAUAAAAGUAAUGUCUACAACUUACUACAUAUUCGUUUGUUCUUUAUGCUAUCCCCUACUAAUAAAGAUCAUUUAUCUCGA